AUGUAUCCAACAAUGUUUUUCGUUUAUUUAAUCUACGGAACGCCGACGUUUAUUUUGUAUCUCCGAGCGAUUUAUGUUAUUUGUAAACAGAGGAAGAAAUUCUCGAGCACUUUCUAUACGCUGUACACGAAUUUGUUGAUUGUGGCCAGUCGAAUAGUGACAAUCCCGGGAGGUCAACUUGUCGUGCAAGUAUUCCGAAAUUUCCAGGACGUUCUCACCUACAUCGUCAACUAUCCAGGCGUGAAAUGCAAAAGAGAUUCCCGAGUUGGCGCCGCUUUAUGUCGGAAUCGAGAUCUCAUUUCCUCCAUUUCGUAUCAUUCGAUGGUUUAUGAAUGUCGUUUUCAUCAACAAUUCCUUUUCGACAAUUCUGAUUCACGCGAAUCGUUUCACCGCAAUUUGGUUUCCCUGGGGAUAUCAAAAAGAGCUGCUGGCAGUCGCGUGCACGAAGUGAGCCUUUUCGUCAUUGGUGUAUGCUCAUUUUUGGUGCAAGGAAUCUGUGCUUUAGUGGUGGACAAAGUCGUCAGCAAUACCAUCAAACCUGAUCCGACGCUCGCGAAUGUCAUUACAGCUCUCAAUGGCGACUGUAUGGCGUUUACCGAGGUCUACAUCGGGAUCGCUUGCAAUCAACAACUACGUCGGGCAAUCUUGGUAGUCACACAUUCGGGUGGCGGAGGAUCGGGUCAACACAAAAAUAGUCAUCACACGAAUAUGCUCCGAUCGAAUUCGACCCCGGUGGCUGAUCGAAUCGACCGGAAAGUGUCUGGUGUUCACUUUUCAUCGAUCCUUUCUGAAGCGGGGCGUGUAUUGUUCAUCGUCCAAAAAGAAAGCUACGACAUUUGGCAACGUUUGGGAAUUAUGACCGGCUGUGUGUUGCUCAUUAUGUGGUCUGCUAUGUUCAAGAAAGAAAGUAAACGCGCCAAAGGAAUCAUCAAGCUGCGAAAUUUUUCCGGGCUCAUGAAGUGUUGGGAAACAUAUAGCGGAAAUUUUUAUUCCCCCGUUUUUAUCGUCGCUUUUGGAGGGUUAACACUACAGGUUGUUUGCCAUCGCCGUGCAAUUGCUUGCUUGGACGAGAAAUGGCCAAGCGCACAAAAGCGGAAGCGAUGGAAU